UUUCUUGCACUACUUUGAGUAAUACAUUAAGUCGAAUGCUAUCGAAAACGUCUGGACCACUACGGGUGUUGCUAGGGGCAACGGGCAAAUUGAACGCGUUAACAGAUCAAUGCUGUCUAUAAUCUCAAAGCUGUCCGCGGAAGAUCCCUCAAAAUGGUAUAAAUUUGUUCCACAAGUCCAAAGCGCAAUCAAUUCACAUAUGCAUAGCUCAACCAAGAAGUCGCCGUUUGAGUUUAUGUUCGGCGUACAAAUGAAAAACCAAAUUAGUGAUAGAGUUUUGAGCGUGCUAGAGCAAGAAUGUGCAGAAAGCUUUGACACGGAGAGGCAGAAAUCUCGCGAAGAAUCCAAAAAGCAAAUACAGCAAGACCUCUACAAAAAGAAUUAUGACAAAAAGCGUAAAGGUGAAUACAUCUACAAAGAAAGAGAUCUGGCGUCUGUUAAACGCACACAGUUUGUCGCUGGAAAGAAGCUGGCGAGUCCGUUUCUCGGUCCAUAUGAGGUGGUAAAAGUCAAAAGGAACGGCCGCUAUGAUGUUCGAAAGGCAGCGCAGGUAGAAGGUCCGAAUGUAACAACAACAAGUGCUGACAAUAUGAAAUUAUGGAAAUACGUCGAACACAACGAUGAUUUAUUAUCGUCUGGGACAGACGAUGAGUAGUCAGAUGGCCGAAUGUAAAAUAUGUAGUUGGCAACCCGCUGGAGAACGAGAGAAGUGGUCGAAAGAAUGGAGAGAAAACGUCAAGUAGCAGAUGUGGUAGGAAUAAAAAAGCCAUCGUUCAUCGAAGAGUUGAAGAGGAGUCGCGAAUCAGUUGGUGGUCGAAUCGUAGUUCACGUUGUUAAGUGGCCAAAGUAGUUUUCCGUCGUAAAGUCGUCAAGUUGUCUAAGUUGAAGUGGUCGAGCCGUGAAGUCGUCGUAUUGUCCAAGCCGUUGCUGAAUCUCUUUUUAAAAUCAUUUAUUUAAUAUACUUAUACUUUUCAAUCAAUUUGUAAACUAACUGAAAUAAAACACUUUAAUGAGCAUUCUAUGCUUUAUCUUAUAGGGAUUGGCAAGGUUGCAUUUUGGACAAUAUGCUAUCGCAUUCUUCAACCCCUAUUCCAUGCGUUCGUGAAAUCCCCAUCUCACCAACUAGGCUACUUAAAAAGUUAUAGGCGAAAAUAUUUUGGUUUCCCCAUAAGGCUAACAUUGCAGUCCAAAUGUUUA